GAUUUGAAACUUUUCAAGUCUAGUGUAAGGUUAACGCUACAUAUUUAUUUCUGCUUUAGAUAAGUAAAUUCUGGGCUGUGAACAAGAAUAUCAAUGUCCUCUUUUGUUUAAAGCUGAGCUAAUCACAGUGGAUUUUGAUUUUCUCAAUAUUCUAUGCCAAAGGGAUUAUCCUUGAGGCUGACUAAAUGUCACCAGACAGGUUUUGUUUUGUUUUGCUACUUACCUCUUCCCACUAAUAUCUGCAAAACCACCAAAAGAAAAAUUUUGUGAUUCUAUGCUCUUCCAAGGAUUUGAUAAAGUGACUUGUGCUGGGACAAUGAUGGUGUCCUAGGAUGAAAGAAGACUUCUGCUAGCAUUUUAAGUUGUUUGUGAUCUCUGUGUAGUUGAUAGGAAAUACCAUGAAUUCGGCCUCAAAAAGACUGUGUGAUUGCAGAACUGGUUACUACUGCCACUGUUAACCUUGGAACUGAAUGUUAAGUCAACAUGGCUAAAACAGUCAUAUCAUUGCAGAAGGUGCACGUCUACCUUUGUCCUCCUAUUUACCACUCAGUAUAUAAUGGGAUGACAUUAAAGUCAUCCCUAUACAGAGGUUGGGAGAAUAUCAUGUGGUGCAAAAGUCUGUGCUUUGGAGUGUCUUGUGUUCUGUUUGCUUAUUAUAUUUACACUCCCUUACCAGAAAAUAUUGAAGAACCUUGGAAAGUAAUGCUUGCGGAUGCUGCUAUAAAAAUGGCUUCAAUUACGGCUCUGUUAUUUGAAACUAUAGGUGUCAUGAAAUAUGAAGAAUUAUUUUUAAUGUUAUUGUCACUGGAUUAUACAAAACCAGUUUCAGACGAGAAUGUUACAGUGACAGAUACAGCAUUUGGUGACAUUCCAGUACGUUUGUACUUACCCAAGAGAAAAUCAGAAAGACAGAGACCAGCUGUAAUUUUUCUUCAUGGUGGUGCCUUUGUCUUAGGAAGUUGCAAGCAGACACCUUAUGACUCCCUGAGUAGACGGACAGUCAACAAACUUGACGCUGUUGUCGUUGGAGUGGACUUCAGAUUAGCUCCUCAAUAUCAAUUCCCAGUUCUCCUUGAAGAUGCGGUUUCUGCGGUCAAGUUCUUUCUACAGGAUAACGUUGUUGAGAAAUAUGGAGUGGAUCCCACCCGAAUCUGUUUAACUGGAGAUAGUUCCGGGGGUAUGCUGGCCGCAAAAGCAACUCAACUGAUACAGAGUGACCCAGAAUUCAGAAUUAAAAUUAAGGCACAAGCUUUAAUUUACCCUUUCUUACAGAUGCUUGAUAUUUCAAUGCCCUCUCACCAAGACUAUGAGCAAGGUCCAAUUCUAUCAAGGGAUGUGGCAGUUAGAUUGGGAAGCCUAUAUGUGACUAAAGAUAAAGCACUGCCCCAGGCAAUAAGAAUAAACCAACAUAUGCCUGAGGAAUCAAGACAUCUUUUCAAGUAUGUCAACUGGAGUACUCUUCUUCCUGAGAAGUUUAGGAAGAACCAUGUUUAUACUGAACCAAUUCUUGGAAGACUUAACCCUUCAUAUCCAGCACUUAUGGAUAGUAGGUUAUCACCCUUAAUAGAUGAGGAUUCCCAGUUACGAAAGUUGCCAUUAACUUAUAUUGUCACCUGUGAACAUGAUAUCCUAAGGGAUGAUGGACUUAUAUAUGUCACACGACUUCAAAAUGUUGGAGUUCAAGUUACUCAUGUACACUUGGAGAAUGGAUUCCACGGAGCUCUAUCACUUAUGGCAUUGCCAUUUUAUUUAGAUCUUGGCAUAAAAAUACAAGAUAAAUAUAUUAGUUGGUUAGAAGAAAACCUAUAAAACCUGUAAAUAGUGCAUGUAGCUAUCUAAUCAGUUCAGUUCAUAUUGUACUUCAAAGAUUGUAUUUUGAAUUGUGAGUUUAAUGGACAGAUAUAUGAUUUAAGUUUGGGACAAACCUAAGUUUAAAUUAAAAUAAAGGUUGUUAUGUAUCUUGGAAAAGUUACUUAAUUUCUCUACUAAAUCUAAGUCUUAUUAAAAUGAAUACAUUCACUGUAUUAUUUCCAUCAAAUAAUAUUAUUCUGCUUGAUAAAUCCUAAGUAUGUACCAAUAAUACUCAAAGACAAAAUGUGAGUAUGGUUAUAGGCAAACUAAGCAGGAUGAUUUGCAGACAGUGAUAGGAAUAGUAGUGAUGAGUAAGGAGAAAGUGUAUGGAAAGAAAAUCACAAUGAUAUCUUUAUGGAGGGCACUAUAGUAUAUUGCAGCAUUUUUUCUUUGAUUAGACAUAGUCCAUACAUUAAUUGGUUCUGGUUAGUAUAAAUUUUCUUGUUUUUUUUUUUUCACAUAUUCCAUACAAAGUAAGCUUGCAUAUUCUUGGUUUCCUUUAUUACACAAGGAAAAAGUUAAUAUCUGGACUAUAAAUUUUUUUCUAUAGUCUAAAUAUUUGACACUCACAUUUUUAGCAAUAUUGGCCUUGAAAAUAGGUGAUUGAUUGCUAUUGUAUUGCUCACAUUUUAAUUUCUACAAUGAAAUACUUAAGACAAGCUGCUUAUGAAGAAAGGAGGUUUAUUGCUUUGGAGAUUCACAGUCUUGGAUUGGGCAACCUAUUAAUUUAGCACCUGUGGAUGGCAUUGUUGUAGGCAGAGUCCCCCCAAAAAACAGAGCAUUACAUGGAAAGAGUGCGUGUAUCUAUAACUAUACUUGAUAAAGCCACCAUGAUUAGAUAAUGAGAGAGCCACCAAACGACCACAUCCAAUCUAAUCAUUCCUCAAAGGCCCCAUCUCCAACCACCAUGAUUGACUUAAGUUUUCAUUCUCUUAGUACCAUAACUUAUGACUCUUGAGUCUAAACUCUGCAUGAAUUUGAGAGCCACAUCAUGUUCAAACUGUAGCUGCUACAUACUAAUUACUAAUCCAAUAAAUUAUUUUAUCAACUGUAUAUGAAACUCAGAAUUAUUUAUUCUAUUAUUUUGAAUUUCUGGAGUGAAUUAGUUACUCUCACAGAGCUACAUAAAUAACUAGAUCUCUAGAUCUAUUGGCUUCCUUAAUGGGGUCCUAUAUUCUUAUCAGGGUACAUACAUCAAUCUCACAAUUAAAAUAAAUUCUUACCAGGGGGCAAUAUGAGCAAUGUCUAAUUUUCUGAAG